ACCUUAAUCUUCUUUAUGCACGACAUCCUCGGAGGAUCGAACCCCACGGCUCGAGCCAUGACCGGGAUAGUCAACAGCCCUGCAGCCAAUGGCCAACUGCCAUUUGCCAAACCCAAUGGGGCAGUCCUACCUUUCAACAACGGGGUACCCCAGAACAACAACAACAAUGGUCUUAUAAACAACAACAACAUCCCUUUUCUCACAGGGCUAAGUGGAACAACAUCAAAUGUGGCACAAAACAACGGGAUCAAUGGCGGAAAUUUCCCGAUAAACGGUGGACAGCUCCAGCCAGGCUCCGUGCUCCAAAAUCUCAUGUUUGGCACCAUGAGUGUGUUUGACGAUGAGCUGACUGAAGGGCAUGAGCUUAGCUCUGGUUUGGUUGGGAAGGCACAAGGUUUCUAUGUGGUGAGCUCUGAAGAUGGUACCAGCCAGACUAUGGGCUUCACGGCAAUGUUCGAAAGCGGGAGCUACGCCGAUAGCCUGAGCUUCUUUGGGGUUCAUCGGACGGCUGCAUCGGAGUCUCAUUUGGCCAUCAUGGGUGGCACUGGCAAGUAUGUGAAUGCCAAAGGUUUUGCCAUGGUCAAGACCUUCCCUGCUUCCAAUCGGCAAACUGAUGGUGCAGAGACUCUGCUGCAAUUCACAGUUCAUCUCACUUACUAA